AUGGAUCCGAGAUCGUCAUCUGCUCUAUUUAAAAGAGCUGAGCAACUCAAACGAUGGGAGGAAUCGGACACCAACAAACAAUCGGCGACACCUAAACGUGCUUCUCGAAUCCAGUUCUCGUCUGGUAUUGUGUUUCUCGCGGCUUGCACGGCUGGUGAUAAGGACGAGGUGCAGCGGUUGUUGAAAUUGGGUGCUGACAUCAAUACGACAAAUGUUGAUGGUCUCACAGCUCUACACCAGGCAUGUAUUGACGACAACUUCGAUAUGGUCCAGUUUUUAGUGGAGAACGGAGCUGAUGUCAACCGCGGAGACAAUGAGGGCUGGACCCCGCUACACGCGACAGCCUCCUGUGGUUUCGUCAGUAUUGCAAGAUAUCUCCUGGAAAACGGCGCAGACGUAGCUGCCGUCAACUACGAUGGUGAACUCGCCGUGGACAUUGCGGAGAGUGAUGAGAUGGAAGAUUUACUACAGAAAGCUAUUGAUGAGAAAGGUAUAGAUUGUGAAAAGUCGCGCACCGCUGAAGUCACUAAACUAAGAAAUGAUACGAAGAAUUGGGCGGCAAAUGGCUAUAGUGAAGUUCGGGAUCUUAAAACUGGUGGCACGCCGUUGCAUGUGGCAGCUGCCAAGGGCUACAUCGAUGUGGCAAAGACACUAUUAGAAGAUUGUAAUGUGGAGCCCGAUUGCGUGGACUACGAAGGUUGGACGCCGUUGCACGCCGCUGCUCUCUGGGGACAGAAAGAAGCCGCUGCAAUAUUACUUAAGUUCGGCGCCGACCCCAACGUGAAAAACUUUUCAGGCCAGACUUGCAUGGAUCUAGUGGACCCCAGUAUAGCAGCCUGGCUCGAAGAAGCCUCACUGAAGGCUCCACGUCGCGUUAACAACAACAACAAACGAAAGCGGAGCCCACCAAGACACGACGUCAAACGCGUUGAACUGCAAAUCACUGGUCAACCAGAUAACAACAUUAUCAACGUGAAAUUGGGCCGUGUUAUAACUCAUACACCAUCGUAUCAUGGAAACGCAGAAAAACCGCCGGCGGGUACUGAUAUAUUAAAGAUGUCUGAGGGCAAACCGCCGAAAAUCCGCGCCCAGUCGCCAGACACUACCGAGAAAUCCGAGAACUCAACGGCCAACGAAUCGCCUUCGUGGCGUCGGUCCACGUCGUUCCGUAGCAGGCCGCACGACAAUCGUGAAAAUAAACCCGCCAAUAACAACGUGGACAAUGACACGAUUCUAAGAAGGACGCAUAGUUUCGAAAAUGAUAAGACUUUCUAUCAGCGCUACCGUGAUGUCACUGCUCGUAUAAAGGCGUCGUCGUGCCCUUCGAUACCGCCGGUGCCUCAUAUUCCUCUCGCCGCCGUCCUUGAGCUGAGGAAAAAGAAACAAGAGACUAACAAUACUACUGAGAAUACUAACGACGACGUAAAAGCAAGAGUUAACGCGACCGAAAAGAAAGAGAGAGAAGCAAACACAUGGAGCGUGCCUACAACUAGUUCAAGCCCAGUUUCAAAUAAUACAACAGCGCAGACGACAGUCAGAAGGUCUUUCGUGCCACCAGUCCGAGACGAUGAGAGUGAAACGCAGAGAAAGGCUCACGCGAAACGGGUUCGCGAAACAAGGAGGUCUACUCAAGGUGUUACCCUAGAUGAGAUCAAAUCAGCUGAACAAUUAGUCAAAAAGAAAACUAACAAUGGCGUGGCGGAAAACACAACAGCAAACAACGCAAAGAAAGAGGAAACGCCAGUUGAAAAUAACACAUUUCGGGCGAUCGCCGCAAGUGGUGGGGAUGCCGCUGUUUCGUUAGCGCUCGCGAGCGCAACUAUCGCCCCCAACAGUGAUCGACGACCGUCUUGGCGGCUGCGAGUAGAUCCCACUAACAAGUUUGAAUUGGAGGAUGCAGCACUGACCCCACGAUCGAUAGCGGAAACGGAGGCGACCGUCACAUUACCACUCCGUCGCCAGGCCCCGUUCGUUCAGGAUACCACGGUUACGACUACGUCUAUUGCCAACGCCACCACUCAUGCGAAGGAAAAUAACCGCACUGGCAAUUCUGUGACGCAAACAACAGAAGAGGAAAAGGACCGCGAGAGUAGUGUUGAAAGCAAGUCAUCAAGCAACGCCUCCCCGUCGAGCACGCAGGCGGCUCUCAACGUGAUCCAACGGCGACGAAGACCAAAACGAAGAUCUACCGGCGUCGGACAUGUCGACAUGGAUGAUAUCGUCAACGAUCGCGGAGGAAGCAGUGAGGGCGAUGGCGAUUCAGAAGCAGCGCAACGGAACACGCGUGGCCUCGGGAGCUUUCGUCGACGUGGAAAUUACGACUAA